AAUAACUUGAAUCCCAAGCAACUAAUUCCUUUCUUACAAUAAUCUCUUUUGCACUCAUUUUUUCUCCUAGUUGUCCAAGUUUUAUAGCAACAAACAAACACAAAAGAGAAGAAGAAGGAACAUAAUGAUGAUCAUGUCAAGAAAAUAAAUUAAAGAGUGCUCACUGCACUAACAAACAUAGGGGUCCCAUCAUCAUCAUCACACUCUCCACCACCAUUACAAUACAAUACCCUAAUCUUUUUCUCUCUGUGAAAACUGAAAACUUAUUCAUUUCUUUGAACUUAUUAUUUUCUUGAUUCUUGCAAAAUAUAGUAACCAAUUUGUCUCUGGUUCUUUAGUUUCUUGCUUUCUUUGAGCUUAAUAUGAAAGGUGGUCUUGCUUUGCUUGGUGGUGGUAGUGGUGGUGGUGGUGGUGGUGAGGAUUCGACAAAUGAGUCUGUGGUGUCUUCUCCGGUGGAGGUUGAGGCUGAGCUGGAGUUGGGUCUUGGCCUGAGUAUUGGUGGUGGAGGGAGAUUGUUUGGUGGUGGUUCUGUUUCUGGAACUAAGAGAGCUGCUGAUUCUGUUUCAAAUGCUAGUCAGCAGGUUGUGGGUUGGCCACCUUUAAGGGCUUAUAGGAUGAACAGUUUGGUGAACCAAGCUAAGGCAUCAAGAUCUGAAGAAGAUAAAUCAGUUGUUAUUGAAAAAGAUUAUAAUUCCAAAGAUGUUUUGAAAAAGAAUGGUAACAAUAGGAAUGAGAAAUUAGGGUUUGUUGGUUUUGUGAAGGUGAAUAUGGAUGGUGUUCCAAUUGGAAGGAAGAUUGAUUUGAAUGCUCAUAAUUCUUAUGAUACACUUUCACAAUCUUUGGAAGAUAUGUUUUUUCAUUCCAUCACUUCGCUUGUUGGAGAGAAGCAGCAAGCUAUGAAGCCUUCAAAACUUUUGGAAGGCUCUUCGGAGUUUGUGCUGACAUAUGAAGAUAAAGACGGAGACUGGAUGCUCGUCGGAGAUGUUCCAUGGGGGAUGUUCGUUACCUCUGUCAAAAGGCUUCGAAUCAUGAGAACCUCGGACGAUAAUGGACUUGCUCCAAGAUUUCAAGAAACGAAUAGAACACGAAGAAGCAAGCCUAUAUAGUAUAUCAGCGCUAAAAUUUCCAGAAAGAUGAAACUCACAGACAGCUUGAAAUCAAACACAGAAGCCGCGAAUUAUCAUAAUGCUCUUAACAAUUAAAUUUUGUUCUUUGGUUUUGUAGUUUUUCUUUUCUUCGUUUGGCCUUUAUCUCGGCUCUUAAGGUUUUAAUUACUUUGUAGGCGAUAUUGAAGUUAGUAGUUUUGUUGUCGUUGUCAUAUACAGCGCCGCACGCAGGCUUUUGCACGCUUGACUGCUGUUUUCUCAUACUGUAAAUAUGAGAGUAAUUGAUAUAUUUAGAGUGGAGCUUGCUACAAUCUAGCUAGUGAACUCAGUUUUUAAUGCUAUUUUUGUGUGUUCUUUUA